AUGACCUCACCUAUUAUUACACUUCCUGGAAUCCUGGGGGAAUCAGGAAGUCCUCGGUGGGCAUCUGGGGAUCGCUUCAUCAUGGCCAAAAGGGGCAACUCCACUUCCAAAGCCAGGGUCAUGCACUGGUAAAGGUAUAAACCCCAAAGACCCUGCUCCAGAGACAUCAAAAAAUAUCUGCCGUGGAGCUAUUUUGUUUCUCACCACCCUUCUGUAUUUAAUUUAUGCAUUCAGAGGAUAAUCAUUGUCUCCCUCCAUGUGCAUCUUGUGUUUUCCCAAGGCCAUGGCCCAUGUCUUUAAAACCUACUUUAUGGCCAGUUACCACUUUGACUUUGGCAACUUGCCUGUGGAUUUCCGGUGGGACGAAGCCGGUGGCCACCACAGCAAUCCUCAUGGUCAUCAUGGAGGCAGCAGAGGCCACGGGCGCCAGAUCCUCGUCAAAGCAGCCCUGGGAGCGUGUCCUCUAGCCUCGACAUUCUCGGAGAAGACCUAUGACCUCCGGGAUUCGUGGUGGGCUGUCCUUUGCAAGUUGAAGCAGCUGCCCAGCCAAGUGGCCAGCUACGUCAUGGCUCAUUCUUUGGGCCGUUGGCUGCUCUACCCGGGCUCCGUGUUCCUCCUCAACCAAGCGCUGUUGCCAGUCCUGGCCAAAGGACAGGCUCGCCUCUUGAGGGAUUACAACGGGAAGCGGGCUAAACUGGUGGCAAGGGAUGGGAACAAGAUUGACACCAUGUUUGUGGACCGGAGAAUCAAGGAGAAAGAACAAGUGGGACAACGAGGGGACCAACUGGUGGUCUGCUGUGAGGGGAACGUGAGCUUUUACCAAUGGGGUUGCCUUUCCACACCGCUGAAGACUGGAUAUUCUGUGUUAGGGUGGAACCACCCUGGAUUUGCUGGGAGUACAGGCCAGCCUUACCCGGAGAACGAUGCCAAUGCGGUGGAUGUGGUGAUCCGAUAUGCCAUGCUCCGUCUGGGCUUUAGGAUACAGGACAUCAUUCUGUACGGGUGGUCCCUCGGAGGCUACGCGGCCACCUGGGCUGCCGUGACGUACCCCCUGCUGGGGGCCUUAAUCUUGGACGCCACUUUUGAUGACCUUCUCCCCUUGGCCCUCAACGUGAUGCCCAAGAGUUGGAAGAAGCUGGUGGUGCGGACGGUGAAGGAGCACUUCAACCUCAACGUGGGCGAACUGCUCUGCAAGUACGCCGGGCCCGUCUUGCUGAUCCGAAGGACCAAGGAUGAAGUCAUCACCACCUGCCCGGUGGGUCUUGAGGACCAGAAAGCCAAUCUCCGGGGCAACCGGGCCAACGCGCUCCUGAUCCAGCUCCUGGAGCACCGCUAUCCGUACGUGAUGUCCCAAGAAGGAUCCGCUGCGGUCCACGACUGGCUCAGAGCCUCCAACCUCAAACAGGAAGAGGCUCUUUACCGGCGCUACAAAAUAAACGAUGACUGGUGUAUCCAGACACUACAGAACUACAAAUCCAGCCACGGGAAUGGAAGCCAUUUCCCUUGGAGAGUUGGGAAGCACAUGGGCCACAGAGAAAAGCAGCAAAUGGCGGUGUUUUUAGCCAGGAAGCACAUGAAGAAUGUGGAGGCCCCCCACUGGUCUCUCCUUAUGCCCAGUGAUUUCCAGAUGCCUUGGAAAUUAUAGCUGGGGCCAAGGGGUUGGGAAUUGUCAGAAGCAGGGUGGGGGAGAGAGAGAAAGAGACAGAAGCCAAGAAAGAGAAACAGAGGGGCUUUGAAUAAUUGCUGGUCUGCCUGUAUUGUCUUUAUCCUUUAUCAAUGUGUCCCAGAAACCCCUAACCUUGGGGCCAGUUGAACGACAACUCCCAGCUAUGGUGCCUGGGGAUAUGGACGAUCGUAAUCUAACACAUCUGUGGAGCAUCAGGUUCAAGAUGGCCAAUUGGCUGUUUGCUCCUGAUGAAAACAGGGAGUUGUGAGAUGCUGAAAACAAAGGAAAUGAAAGCUACAAAAUUCCCACAUUUGCUAAGUGACCCAUUC